AUGCGUCAAUACUCGCGCUCUGCCGCGGCCGCCGUCGCUCUGGCAGCAACGGCCCGCGCUGCCAACUCGACCUCCCUGUCCUCCGUCUGUACGGUGGCCAACGUCCAGGCUGCGCUUCCAGCCAAUGGCACCCUCAACGGCAUCAGCAUGAUCCCCUCCUCCGUCACGGCCAAGACGGCCACCAGCGGAUCUACCGACUACUGCGCCGUGUCCGUCUCCUACGUCCACACCGGCACCACCAAUGAGAUCGAGCUCAACUACGGCCUCCCCAGCCCCGAGGACUUCAAGAACCGUUUCUACGUGGCGGGUGGCUUCGGUUACUCCCUCAGCAGCUCUUCCACCGGUGGUCUCGAGUACGGCGCCGCCAGUGGUGCCACGUCCGCGGGCUACGGUGCCUUGAACGGCACCACCAUCGACGAAGUCAACUUGGCCGGCAACGGCACCAUCAACUGGGACCCCAUCUUCAUGUUUGCCUACCAGGCCCUGGGUGAACUGACCACCAUCGGCAAGCCCCUCACCCGCGCCUUCUACGGCCUGGACGAUGAUGCCAAGAUCUACACCUACUACGAGGGCUGCUCCGAUGGUGGCCGUCAGGGUAUGAGCCAGAUCCAGCGUUACGGUGACGAGUACGAUGGUGCCAUCAUCGGUGCUCCGGCCUUCCGUUACGGUCAGCAGCAGGUCAACCACCUGUUCUCCAGCGUCGUCGAGCAGACCCUCAACUACUUCCCUCCUACCUGUGAGUUGGAGAAGAUCAUGAACGCCACCAUCGAUGCCUGUGACGCCCUGGAUGGCCGAACCGACGGUGUCAUCUCCCGUACCGAUCUGUGCCAGCUCGACUUCAACCUCACCUCCAUCAUCGGCGAGCCCUACCACUGCGCCGCGGAGGUGUCCACCUCCCUGGGCUUCAACUUCAACAAGCGCAGCGACGGUACCUCCACCUCCUACACUCCCGAGCAGACCGGCAACGUGACUGCCGAGGGUGUGGCCGUGGCCCAGGCCAUCUACGACGGUCUGUUCAACUCGGCCGGUGAACGGGCCUACCUCUCCUACCGGAUCGGAUCCGAGUUCACUGACGGUGAGACUGCUUACGACAACACCACCGGCACCUGGGGCGUCGACAUCCCCUCCACCGGCGGUGAGUUCGUCACCCGCUUCAUCGAACUGGUCGAGCUGGACAACCUCGAGACCCUUGACGGUGCCAUGGUCCGCUACAUGGAUACUCUCCAGACCACCCUUCCCGACCUGACCACCUUCCAGUCCUCUGGCGGCAAGCUCAUCCACUACCACGGCGAGAACGACCCCAGUGUGCCCACCGCGUCCUCCAUCCACUACUGGCAAUCCGUCCGCAGCAUCAUGUACCCCAGUCUCAGCACCUCCAAGGCUCUCGACCAGAUGAAGGAAUGGUACCAGCUGUACCUGGUCCCCGGUGCCGCCCACUGCGGUCGCAACGACUACCAGCCCAACGGUCCCUUCCCCGCGGACAACAUGGCCACCAUGAUCGAGUGGGUCGAGAGCGGUAUCCAGCCCACCGGUCUCAACGCCACCGUCGAUGCCGGCAAGUACGACGGCGAGGUCCAGUCCCUGUGCCAGUUCCCCAAGCGUCCCAUCUGGGAGAACGACGAGUGGAAGUGCGAGUCUGACAAGGAGGGUGCCGACACCUUCUACUACACUUUCCCGGCCUUCAAGGUUCCCAUCUACUAGGGAACUACCGUGCCUGUGGCUAGACUAGAUCUGGGGACGUACCAUGUACAUUAGAAUUAGAC